UUCAUAUCGUAUUUUGUUUACUCAAAAUCAGAAGAACGAUAGUGGCAACAUCUCUUACGAUUUUCUCAACCAAUCAACUCUAUUACCUGUCGCUCCCAUUCUAGUCGGAGCAAUCUAUUUUUAGCGGACUGUUCCUAAAGGAUUUAAAUACUGGAGUGCAUACAGGAAUGCUUAGUGAGAGUUUUCACAUGAUAGCGAGCAAAGCUUCAAGUUCUGACUAGUUUUGUUUCCCGGUGUAUCCAAGCUAUAUAAUCAUUAUACUGGUCAGUUGUUCUUGACUUCGAUCAAUCUAUUAAUUUUUGUAUACAUCUGCCGCAUAACAAUAAUGCUGAUUGAUACGGAUUGAGUGGAGAUGUGAGAUGCUAUCCAGAACUUUGCCUUUUCGCGGCAAGUAGGUAUAAGAUUAAAAUGCCUAUGCGCGUUGGAUGCAGAGUCGAUGACGCUGACAAGCAUGGCUUCGACGUAAAUGCUCUUCUUUAUCAUGAGGGCAUCCUGUACAGUGCUGGAGAUGAUGGAAAGAUCAAGGCGUUUACACCUGACCUAACCAAGAUAGCAGAAGUGCAAUCCAACCCAUGCUCCGUAUUCAGCAUUGCAGCUGACCGAAGCUCCCUGUACUCAUGCUCCAAUGAGGGUACCAUCAAAAUAUUCGAGCUGAAGACUCUCAAAGAGAAAGGGCAACUCGUUAAGGACGACAAAAUUGAAUUCUGGAAAAUUAAAGUUGUAAAUGAUCUCUUAUUCUCUGGUGACAACGAAGGCAACAUUAAAGUUUGGCAAUCCGGGGUGUACCAGGGAUUCUUUAACACUGCUGAGCCUAUUAAGGACUUCGAGAUAUCAUCCAACCACUGCUUCAGCGUGAAGGAUAAUGAUGUGUAUAUUUCCGAUUUCAUGCUUCCAGCCGCUCCAACAGAAAAGUUGCAGUAUGGUGACAAGGGAUCAUUCAUGGGCAGAGCACCCAUCGCCCUGAUUGGUGACAAGCUAUUUGCCUACGUCAGCAGAGAAGGCAUGGACAUCUGCAUCAAUGAAAAUAACCCAGCUAGCAAAUUUAAACUUGUCACAAAAGUUAAGGGCGCCCACGAAAAAGUGAUCAUCGCUCUUAGGGGAGUCGUAUGGAACAACAAACUCACCCUGUUCAGCGGCAGCUGGGACAAGACAGUGAAGAAGUGGAAUAUCGAUGAUGAUAUCGUCAAACUAGACUCCUCGCUCGACGUGGAUAUUGUAGUCAAUGCUAUCGCUAAGGGUGAUAAGGGCGAAAUAUACGUAGGCGGUAGUGAUGGACACGUUGUAAGGGUUGAGGUUGAAUGAGGUGCUUGUGGUUCCUCAGAUUGAAAAAAGAUAAGCUUGUUUCAAGCACAAAAAAAUUCCAGCAUUUCGAUACGUACGAUAAUUGUAAAUUUAAAUUGAGUAUAACGGUGUUUGUAAGUACAGAAGGUAUUGUUGAUUUGGUAUUUACUUACUCUGUUGUUAUGGUUAAGACAUUGUAGGACCUUAGGAACGAUUGUCUUAAGAUUGUGUGAUAUAAAUAUACUAUUGAUUAAGUGUACGGAUUUUUGGUCACAUUUUUUGUUUUUUCUGGUGACAUGUUUGACCACCUUCAAGAUAUUCCGUACUGUAUCGUUAUUUAUGGAUACAUUUUGUAGCAAAAUGUAUUUUAUAACAGCUUUGUAAAAGCAUCAUUGUAUACUAAUCGUUUUUUAUAAUAAACGGAUAAUGCUCC